AUGGACAAUGAUGAUGACUCACAACAAAAGUUGAAGCUUAUCAUUUUUGAGCUCAACUCAUUCAUCUUGAUUAACCCUUUUUCAAAUCUCGAGUAUCAUGACUUCAAGCUCAUCAUUGACGAAAACUCAUCAGUGUUGAAUCGUUUGAAAUCAAUGAGAAAAAGGCUGGAAAGGAACUUCAAGCUAAAGAGAUAUUUGAAGACGUUAAAAUGUUGUGUUACUGUGCUUUGUGACAUGGUUGCUGUAACAACACAUGCUUUAACUUCAGUAGUCACGCCAACAGUUCUGAAAUUUACAUGUAAGAGUCUUGAGAGGGAGCUUCCACACUUGAGGUUUUCAAGAAGGUUUCUUGGUAAUGUUUGUGAGCAGCUUGAUAUGGCAGCUAAGGGAUCUUAUAUAUUAAACAAAGACUUUGAUACAAUGAGUAGAUUUGUGGAUCGGCUUUACGAUGACAUUGAACAUGUAAGGGCAAUGAUGCAGCUCUGUUUGAACAAGAACAUUGAUAAAUUGAUCUCUAUGCAAAUAGUGAAGGAGCUUAGGAAAUGUAAUGUUGGAUUUGGGAAAAAAGUGGAAGAACUCAAAGAGCAUGCGUGCUUGUGCCUUGUGACGAUUAACCGAUCAAGAGAUUGGGUUACUAAGGAAAUGGAAAAAAUGAGUGGGUAA